AUGUCACAACGCCAUCGCGUGUGCCAUUACAGAGGAAUUGAUGGAGAAAUUACCGUACGGCAACAACAUUACGACUCCUUUUUAGUGACCAAUUUGAAGUUGAACAAUAGCCUUGUCACUGUGAUCGAAGGCAACAUCGCUGACAUUAUUCGUGGCAUGCCCAAUUACGCUUCGAAAGGAUUUACGAUUGAAGGAAAUGUGGGUUUAACGAUUCUUCACUGA